CACGCACAGCAUGUUGGCCAUCACUGUCCUCGCCGCGCUCCUGGCCUGCGCCUCCAGCUGCGGGGUCCCCACCUUCCUGCCCAACCUCGCGGCCCGGGUGGUGGGAGGAGACGAUGCCCGUCCCCACAGCUGGCCCUGGCAGAUCUCCCUCCAGUACCUCAAGGAUGACACGUGGAGGCAUACGUGCGGUGGCACCCUGAUCGCCAACAACUUCGUCCUCACGGCUGCCCACUGCAUCAGCAACGCCCGGACCUACCGUGUGGCCCUGGGGAAGUACAACCUGGCGGUGGACGACGAGGAAGGCUCCCACUACGUGGACGUGGACACCAUCUUUGUCCAUGAAAAGUGGAACUCCUUCCUGGUGCGCAAUGACAUUGCCCUCAUCAAGCUGGCGGAAUCCGUGGAGCUGAGUGACACCAUCCAGCUGGCCUGCCUGCCGGAGGCGGGCUCCGUGAUGCCUCAGGACUACCCCUGCUACGUCACCGGCUGGGGCCGCCUCCGGACCAACGGCCCCAUAGCUGAGGAGCUGCAACAGGGCCUGCAGCCCGUGGUGGACCAUGCCACCUGCACCCAGAAAGACUGGUGGGGCAACAUGGUGAGGGACACCAUGGUGUGCGCUGGGGGCGACGGCGUCACCUCAGCCUGCAACGGGGACUCCGGCGGCCCACUGAACUGCCAGGCUGAGAACGGCUCCUGGGAGGUCCGCGGCAUCGUGAGCUUUGGCUCCGGGCUGAGCUGCAACAUGCGCAAGAAGCCCGCUGUCUACACCCGCGUGUCCGCCUACAUCGACUGGAUCAACGAGAAAAUGCAGCUGUGAUUCAUCUGUGGGAGCCACGGCAGCAAACCUCUGCAUCCACAAUAAACCUCGUUCCCCC